GAGGGAGUCUCCUCGCGGCUUCUUUAUGUAAUAAGACUAGUGGUGCGCGAUUGUCCACCGAUCAUCAGUAGCUGAUCGAUCGUUCUAGCGGUUGGACGGUGCGGAUCCGGUUAAGCGUCGAGCAUUGUAGCGACGGUUAAAGCGCUGCGCCUUAAUUACCCCUGCCAAGACACCUUGUUCGGCGGCAAAGUGCGUGACAGAUUGUGUGUGUGUGUGUGUGUGCUUGUGUGUGUGUGUGAGUGGUCCGUGCCAAAAUGUCUCUAAACCCUUUCGAUAUUGAGGUGGAUCCUCCGAGCGAGGAACUAAUGGAGAUCGCUCGCCGCGAGUUAAGAGAAACACCUGAAGUUCGGGCCGCCGCUGUAGAGGAGUUACGCUUACUGCUCAAGGAUGCGAAGGAUAUGUACUUCAGUGAGGAGGAAGACUUCCUGCUAAUCUUUCUACGUCCGUGUCACUUUUAUGCCGACAGUGCGCUUAAAAUGAUGCGCCGCAUAGCCGAGUUUAAGAAGACGAACCAUCCGCUGCUGCACGCACUCAAACCGGAAGAGGAAAAGCUUGCCUUUAUCGAUCACAACGUCGUGAACGUGCUGACCAACCGGGAUCAGAAGGGUCGCCGGGUGUUGCUGGUGAACUGUGGUGCUGCCUGGGACCCGAAAGCGGUCAGCUCGGAGCAACUGUUCCGUGUGUUCUUUCUGAUCCAUCUGGUUGCGCAGCUCGAGCCGGCCACCCAAAUCAACGGGGUUGUGGUGGUGCUCGACUUUGACGGGCUGUCGCUCAAGCAGGUCAAAGCGCUGUCGCCCUCGUUCUCAAGGCGGCUGAUUACGUUCAUACAGGACGCGAUGCCGCUACGCCUCAAGGAGGUGCACAUCCUCAAGCAGCCGUACAUCUUCAACAUGGUGUGGGCACUGUUCAAGCCAUUCAUUCGCGAGAAGCUAAAGAGUCGCAUCUUCUUCCACGGUAUGGAUAUGCGCAAGCUGCACAAGCACAUCGAUCCGAGUGAUCUGCCGGCGAACUACGGUGGCGAUCGGCCACCGAUCAACUACGGCGGCAAGGAAUGGUAUCCUUGCGUGUACAACUACAUCGACCACAUAAACCAGUGGAACACGUUCGGGUUUGUGCCGAACAUUCAGUGAGCUAGGAAUCGUCCAAAGCCUGCCUAGAAUCGAUACCCUCCGAAUACAUUCGAAUAUUAUUAGGAUUAGUGAGCACUAGCUUAGAGCGUUUCUACUUACACCAAAGGCAGCAGCAUCAGAACCGCGGGAAGUAGGGAACUGGAUUGGAUCAGACUAUAUAGGGUUAGCUUACAUUAGGCACCAUUUCUAUCGCGUACGAUCACCAGCUAGAGAUCUUCUUCCAUGGCAACGACUUGCGGCAGUUCCAGCAGUACGUUAGCGCCGAUCACCUGCCGGCCGACUAUGGCGGUAAUCUGCCUACGAUCGACUACACCGGCCGGGAUUGGUAUCCGUGCGUGGAGGCACAGCUCGAUCACAUCAGCAAGUACCAGCAGUGUGGAUUCGUUCAAUCUCAACAAUCGGGAUAGGGGUUGAAAAAAACCUCACUGAGCUGUGAAGCUUCCAUGUAUGUUUUAACGGGUUGAGCGGCAACUAUUGGUUAGAGUGGGGUUUUGUAUGUUUUUACUUUGUAUAAUAAAAGCUGUUUAACAACAUUGACGCCCCUUCCGUAUGCUUACAUUAUAAGCGGUUUAGUUUAGCUUUAGCGCUCGGAACAGCGCGUAGCAAAACAACUCAAUAAAUUAAGUACCCAAUUUCAAAAUAUUUGCGACCAAGUGCGCCAAGGUAUAAGGGUCACAUCAUCGCUGCGAUUGAUAAGGGGUAGUGGCAGCAGAUUAGCGUCGAUCAACAUCGGCAGUACCCCGCAUUACGGGAAACCUCAUCCAGCGGCCGUUCAUUGCCGUUGGAAGGUCCAACAAUUGCCGGCUGCAUACGGUGACGUGUGCGGAUGAGAAGUGUGGUGACAAAAUCCAGACAUCCCACUAGUUUGGGUUUGUUGAGCCGUGGCCUUGGCGAUGGUCUUAGUAAGCUAGCUGAUAAGCGUUACCCCUUGGCAGGCACCACCAAGCCACAAUCGCAGCGUGGAGGUAGUAGUAUCAGCUGUUUUUGGUGACACGUCCCGAAAAUAAGCACCGUACGGUAGCAAGCCUCCACUUAUCUCGAAACUAACGAAUCAAAAUCAGCCAGAAGGUGGAGCGACGUUACGCGGCAAGAGUUGGAACCAGGUUUCGGGAGCGGACGAUUGGCGAUUACAAGUGCGCCGCCUGAUCCGAUUGUGCCAGCGUAGCGGGUGUUUUGGUGACGCAGAAGCAAAAUUUUCAUUUUUCAGCCCCCCGAAACAACCUCCCCUUCCACCGAAAAUAAAAAAAAAACCGAAGACCGACACACAAAUUUGCCAACUUAUCGCUCGCUGGGAGCUAGAAUGCGGGCGAGAGAUAUGCGGGGUGAGGGAAGAGAAGGGUACUGGGGAGUGGAGGGGAGUGUGCAAUGCGCGCGCGAUUUUGAUGUAAUCGAUGAGUGCCGGUGCGCAAACACAUUCGCGUUGUGGCCGCCGGACGAAGCGGUUCAGAUUUUGGGGCGAUUUUGGUUUUUCGCACGCGGGAGAAACAACCAGUCCAGGUGACAACAGUCGGCGAUCAGUUCUUAGUGUGACGUGGUUAUCCAGUUAGCUGAAGAAGGAUCGAGCCAUCAGUAGUUGUUCAAAGUUGUGCUCCAGCCGUAGUUCAG